GUGAAGGGCUUUGGUGAUAGGCUGAUAGCACAAUCUCCGAUAUCUUCAAUACACAGAAAGACAAGAACACCCAAUAAACAAAUCCAAAACAUUAAAAAAAGAAGCAUAUGCCUUCUUCCUCCAAUCUCAUCUCACCCAAACUAUAAACCCUAAUCCCCCAUUCUUUCCCAAAUUCUAUUCUUCCCAUGGAAGUCGCUUCUCACUCCCCGCAUUCUAUACUCUGUUACAAACAAUCGAGGUUGACAUCGACGUCGUCUUUGUUGCCGCUCUUCACUCACAAGGGACUAACUGUCGGGUGCUCCCCGUGCAGACGUCCCGUUGUUUUCGGAAAGCUAACUAGUUCUGCUCGUCGUAGCAUUUUAUGCAUUGCAAAGAAGCCAGUUGGGAUAUCAUGGUGUGAUGUUGAUGCGAAAGAGGAGUUUGCUAGAUCUUAUAAUGUCAAAUUGCAUAACCAGCGUAAAUUGUCCAGGCAUACAGUUGUACAAUGUGGACUUGUUGGAACUGGAAGCCCUGAUGCUGCCUUACCAGAAGUAAAUAUCGUCUCAAAAGUUAGGGGGCUGUGCUUUUAUGCCAUUGCUGCCUUUAAUGCUAUUUAUCUUUUUGCACUGAUGGUAGUAGCCCAUCCUUUCGUUCUGUUGUUCGAUCGAUAUAGAAGGCGAGCUCAUGCUUUUAUUGCCAAAAUUUGGGCUACAUUUGCUGUUACUCCAUUUCUCAAUAUCAAGUUUGAGGGACUGGAGAAUUUGCCUCCUCCAGAUGUUCCUGCUGUAUAUGUUUCCAACCACCAGAGCUUUUUAGACAUAUAUGUUCUUCUCACUAUUGGGAGACCCUAUAAGUUUAUUAGCAAGACUAGCAUAUUCCUCAUUCCCAUUAUUGGGUGGGCUAUGUUUCUAAUUGGCGUCAUUCCUUUAAGGCGCAUGGACAGAAAAAGCCAAUUGGAAUGUGUUAAACGUUGCAUAUAUCUUCUCCAGAAGGGGUCCUCUGUCUUUUUCUUCCCUGAGGGAACACGCAGUAAAGAUGGAAAAUUAGGGGAUUUCAAGAAAGGUGCCUUCAGUCUUGCAGCAAAAACAAAGGUGCCAGUGGUGCCUAUUACUCUUAUAGGAACUGGGAACAUAAUGCCUGUGGGAAAGGAGGGUAUCUUGAACACUGGACCUGUUAAAGUUGUUAUACAUAAGCCUAUAGAAGGAAAUGAUACAGAAACACUGCGCAGAGAAAGUAGAAACGUAAUUGCAGAAGCACUCGAUUUUCAAGGCUGACAUUUCUUCUGCCACUUGUCUGCUUGGUUCAUAUGGUUCUAGACCCAAUCGUUUGCUGUGAAUGGAAGAAACAUAAUCCGAUAGUGGAAACAAAUAAAAUUUGCAGGCAAGAGUUAUAAAUCAGUGGGUUGCAGCUGUUCAAUAUCCCAUAUUUACAAACAAAGGCCAGCUCCCAGCUAGAAGAAGCUGUCUUCACCCGAAGGGCCACAGAGAAGCCAACAGUGGAACGGGGCCAGGUCCAGUCGUGGUGGCUUCAACCGUCAGUUUGUUUGAUAAUGAAUAAAAUGUAUUAAUGAUUUUUUGUCGACGUUUUUAUUCUUGUUGUCAUUUUCUUGUUUCCAACGCAUGUUUUCAGUGCCCAAUUGAUCAAGUAGGAGAAAAAAAAGGAUGGAAAAUACAAUGGUGGGAUAUAAUGUGUCCUAGUGUCUUACCAUAUUUAUAAUGUCUGUGAAUAACAGUAGCCUAUGAGACUUGGCAAUCAAAUUUUCGACGGAGGAAGCCUGGUUCAGUUG